UUCAACUUUCUGAUUCUUAUCCUGCAGAACUCUCCCAAUGACCUCCAGAUGUUAUCCGAUGCGCCCGCCCAUCAUCUUUUUUGCCUUCUGCCCCCUGUUCCACCGACCCAGAAUUCACUGCCAGAAGUGCUUGCUGUUGUUCAGGUGUGCAUGGAGGGAGAGAUCUCUCGCCAGUCUAUCAUGAAUAGCCUUUCAAGGGGAAAGAAGGCUUCUGGUGAUCUUAUUCCCUGGACCAUUUCAGAGCAGUUCCAAGAUCCAGAUUUUGGGAGCCUCUCUGGUGGACGUGUUGUUCGAAUUGCAGUCCAUCCGGAUUAUCAAGGG